AUGCAACAGACAACACAGUCUGAGCAACCGCAGUCUGCUUCAACCACUACGAUACCAAAGAAGCGCCCAGCCCCGUCGCAAUCACCAUCGGAAACUCUAGAUUACGGCUCUCCAGGCUCACCAGGAAAUACGACAAAUCUUUCCCUUCCUGCCCCCCAUUUACGAAAUGCUCCAAGGUCUCCAAGGACUGGCAAUCGAAGCGUACCAGCCUUUUUGAAUAAGCUUUAUAAUAUGGUGAACGAUCCUCAGUCUAAUGAGCUGAUCACUUGGUCGGAGAGUGGAAACUCCUUCUUGGUAAAACGACCUCAAGAUUUCGCCAAAGAAGUUCUUCCUCGCUUUUUUAAACAUAAUAAUUUUAGCAGUUUUGUCAGACAAUUAAAUAUGUAUGGGUUUCAUAAGAUACCGCAUCUUCAGCAAGGUGUACUUCAAUCCGAUGGACAAUCAGAACAGUGGGAAUUUAGCAACACAAAUUUUCUUCGGAAUCAGCCAGACCUUCUAUAUUUUGUUACUCGCAAGAAAGGCAAAGAUGCUGAAAACAUCAAAGAACCAAACGAAAUUGAUAUUAACCACAUCUUGAACGAAAUUGUAUCAAUCAAGAAACAUCAAAUGACUAUUAGCGCAGAUUUGAAGAAUAUACAAAGAGAUAAUCAAAUUUUAUGGCAAGAAACCAUGACAGCGCGUGACAGACAUCGACGUCAGCAAGAGACCAUUGAUAAAAUUCUACGUUUUCUUGCAUCAGUGUUUUCGGCUGAUAAAAAGAGAGCAAUCGAAAUGGUGGGGACAGGAAAUUGGGCAUUAGGCAAUGACGGUGGACAAGGUGCUUCAUCCAAUUCACCAAAUACCGAAAAUGAUAUAGCUCGUUUAAUUCUGGAUAUGAACAAUCCAGCCUCAUUGUCAGUAUUGGCAUCACUUGCAGUAAAUAAUCCGUCAACACUAAACAAUUUGUCGCAAUUCGAUAUUUAUAACGCUUUACCAGCAGCGUCGUCAUUACCAUCAAAUGAAAUAAACGAUCCAGCUGAUUUUUUGGAUGCAGCAGAUCUUUCCACAUUACUUCAGCCUGAUCAAAUCACACCUUCAAAUGAUCCAUCAUCCACUGCUGCUGAUAAUAAUUCAAAUUUAAUUCAACAACAAGCAGUAACUGUCUCUCCUGCAUCGCCAAAUUUACCGAAUUUACACACAAAUCACAAAGAAAGUCUUCAUGAAAUUGAAACUCGAAUAAAUGCUGUGGAAUCAAACGUUGAUUAUCUUACAACACUUACGUCACAGUUAGGAUAUGAUCCUGAGAACCAUGAUGAAAUUGAUUUUGAUGAUGAAGUAGAGAAUGAUUUUUUGUCAUAUUAUGAUACGGACUUUAAUCCUACGGAGCAAGAUCGACAGAUGUUAUUAAAUCUUAUGAGAGGAAGGGACGAUGAAUCCGAUACUGCUACCACUCGGGUAACCGAUUCAAGCAAUACAUCAACUGUUACACCUGGGAAUUCUGUAAAUCGUACUCCUACUUCAACAAGUGGAAGGCCAAAGGUUGAUAAGACCGCGGUGACAAGUACAUCUACUAUUGAAAAUAAUGAAUUAAGUAUUGAUGAUUUGUUGGCAAACUUGGACGAUGAAGAUAAUCCAUUCAUCAGCUACCGUGAUCGAAAGUAG